AUGAAGCUGCUCGCCCAUAUCCUCUGCCUGGCCCUGGCUCUGGCAUUGGCUCGGUCGGAUGUAGAACAUGCAUCAGAUGUCCCUGACCGCUGUCAUGGCCUUGAGAUGGACGCUGUCGCAGUGAAUGACGAGGGAGUCCCAUACUUUUUCAAGGGUGAUCAUCUGUUCAAGGGCUUCCAUGGCCUCGCAGAGCGGUCUAAUGAGUCCUUCGCUGAGCUGGAUGACCAUCACCACCUGGGCCAUGUAGAUGCUGCCUUCCGCAUGCACUACGAGGACAGCCCCUCCGAGCACGACCACAUGUUCUUCUUCUUGGACCACAAGGUGUUCAGCUAUUACCAACACAAGCUUGAGGACGGCUUCCCCAAGAGCAUCUCCGAAGUCUUCCCUGGAAUCCCAGACCACCUGGACGCUGCUGUGGAGUGUCCCAAGCCAGAGUGUGAUGAAGACUCUGUCAUCUUCUUCAAGGGAGAUGACAUCUACCACUACAAUGUCAAAACCAAGGCUGUAGAUGAGAAAGAGUUCAAGUCCAUGCCGAACUGCACGUCUGCAUUUCGCUUUAUGGAGCACUACUACUGCUUCCAUGGACACAUGUUCUCCAAGUUUGACCCAAAGACCGGCGACGUGCAUAGCAGAUACCCCAAAGAGGCUCGCGACUACUUCAUGAGAUGCUCCAAGUUCAGUGAAGAGAGCGAGCACGUGGAGAGAGAACGCUGCAGCCGUGUCCACCUGGAUGCCAUCACAUCUGACAACGCUGGGAACAUGUAUGCCUUCAGAGGCCACCAUUUCCUCCGCCAAGACGGGGCCAAUGACAUGCUGAAGUCUGACACCAUCGAGAGCGCUUUCAAGGAGCUGCACAGCGAGGUGGACGCUGUUUUCACUUAUGAGGAUCACCUUUACAUGAUCAAGGAUGACAGCGUGUUUCUCUACAAAGUCGGCGAGCCCCACACCCACCUGGACGGUUACCCCAAGUCUGUGAAGGAGGUGCUGGGCAUCGAGGGUCCCAUUGACGCUGCGUUCGUCUGUGAGGAUCAUGACAUUGCUCACAUUAUCAAAGGUCAGAAGGUCUAUGAUGUGGAACUGAAGACCAGCCCUCGUGUUGCUGGCAACGAACGUUCAAUCCCCCUCUUCAGGAAGGUCGAUGCUGCCAUGUGCAAUGCCGAGGGAGUGAAGGUGAUCGCAGGCAACCACUUCUACCACUUUGCCAGCCCCAUGCUGUUUGUUGCUGCCAGGGCCCUUCCUGAGCAGCACAGGGUGUCACUGGAGCUGUUUGGCUGUGAUCACUAG